GAAGAGAAAGAACUGAGGGGGGAAAUCCUAAAAUUAUCUCCGUCAGUUCCACUCUCCCGCCAUGAGCCUGGUUCAUCCGUACGCUCCUCUCCCUCUCAGCCGUCGAUUCAAUGGUCCUCUCUCUUCUCGGUUUACCCGCGCUUCCUGCUCCUCAUCCCCGAUUAGGUCAAGCUUGCCAUUUUCAUCGGAGAAGGCCGGGUUCUUUAAGGAAGCGGAAGUGGCCGUCGAUGCCGUCGAAAGAGCCUGCCGUCUUUGCGUCGAUGUGAAACGAACAUUGCUUUCGAAUGACCACCGGAUUCUCGAGAAGAACGACCAGACACCGGUCACUAUUGCUGAUUUCAGCGUUCAGGCUCUCAUAAGCCUGGAAUUGAAGAGAUCAUUUCCUUCAAUACCAUUAGUUGCAGAAGAAGAUUCAUCAUUUUUAAGGUCAGGAUCUCUUAGUUCGCAGAAGGAUGGCAGCUAUGUUGGUAAUUUUCUUGUUGACUCAAUAGUGAGCACAGUGGCUGAUAAGGCAAGCAGCAACCAUGAACCAUUAACUUCCGAUGGUGUAUUAGAAGCCAUUGAUAGAGGGGGGAAGGAUGCAGUCUCUUUUGGUUCACAACCAGCAACUUAUUGGGUGCUUGAUCCAAUUGAUGGCACUCGUGGAUUCCUGAAAGGGAGUGAUGCCUUAUAUGUGGUGGGUCUGGCUCUUGUAGUAGAAGGAAAACUUGUAUUAGGUAUAAUGGGUUGUCCAAACUGGAAAGAAAAACCGCUUUCUGCUGAAGACCAUAAUAGUGAUGUGUCUGAGUUUGGGAUCAUUAUGGUUUCCCAUGUAGGCUGUGGAACAUGGACAAGGACAUUUCUUAAACAUGAUAGCAACCUUAUUGGAAUUGAAGAUGUCUGGGAGAGAUGCUUUGUCGAUAGCUAUCAUCUGGUACAUAGUGCAAGAUUCUGCAUUCCAGAUAGUCAAACCUGGGAAAUGAUUCCAUUAUCUGUAUUAUUUAGUUCAACACUUGAUCCUUAUGGCAUUAAAGAUGAACAUGAAAUACUCCUUAUACCAAAAUGUUGUGGAAGUUUGUGUAAAUAUAUGAUGGUUGCUUCUGGAAGAGCAUCUGUUUUCAUUCUUAGAGCCAGGGCUAAAACUGUAAUCAAGGUAUGGGAUCAUGCUGUUGGUGUUAUAUGUGUCAAGGAAUCAGGAGGACAGGUUACUGACUGGAGCGGGGAUCCGCUUGACCUUGCAGCAGAUACAGUGGAUCGUAGGAUCAUCUUUCCUUCAGUUGGUGUAAGAAGGUUUCAUCCAAUUCCAACACCUUUCCAAGGGAUCUUUCGAAAAGCCCAGGUUCACCAUCUUCACGAGAAACAGAAGAAAUCGUUUUUCCAUCAAAUUGUUGUAGAAGUUAACGUUGCAUUAGGUCUAACCUUGGCUUAAUUUUCUGGUAAAUUGUCUGCUAUGAAUGUAAAUCUGGGCGCUGUAUCUCAACCAUUUCAAGUGCAAUGACCUGGAAGAUGGGUCCGAAAACUCU